AUGGGCGCCCUGUGUCCUUCUUGGCCCUCACCGGCUUGGAGCCAAGGCUGUGGCGCUGAGCGCCUGCAUACCGCCCCCCCUUCCCUACGGCUCCCUCUUUUCCCCUCCCCCCUUCCGCCCCCGGGCCCCAAGGAGGAGCGGGAGAACUGGGGGGCGGGGAGCUUGAGCACCGCGUGGCCACGCCCCCCAAGCCGGCUUUUUCUAGGACCGCUCCGGGAGCCUCUCUGCUGGCUGCUCCUGCUCGCUCCCUGGGUGCGCACCGCUCCUGCCCUGCGCUCUGCUCAGCUCUGCUCGGCUCCGCUCCAUUCCGCCUCCACCACGCCUCUCUCCGAGCUUCGGCCACAGCCAGCGGAGCGCGCCCGCGGUGCCGCCACCCCAGCCCCCGGCUCUGGGUGCCUGUUGCUCCGUGCCAGGCACCUCGCGCCGUGCGAUCCCACCGUCUCCCAAGUCCUGGCCGUGUUCUGUGCCCCGGCCCUCGCCCUCUCUCGCUGUUUGUCUGUCGGUUUAGCUGUCUUUCCGCCUCCCCACCCACCUUUUCCUUCCUCCCUCUCUCGCUUGCUUGUUCCUUCGCUAGCUCUCAGACGCGGCGAAGCAGCUUCGCAGGAAAAUCCCAGAAACCUUUGCAAAAAGCUUACAAUGAAAUUUAAGAAGUUCUUCGAUUUCGGCGCCAUUUUCGAGUGGAACGAGAGAGGUAAGAUUCUCUUCCAUCCUAAUUCCCAUCACCCAUCGCUCUGCAUUUCAGCGCUGUAUUCAUUCUCCGCGGGUCGGGAGGGAAUCAAGAGCCACACCCUUCACUCUGCCUGCAGAUCCUGGAAAUCAAACUGCGAAGUUAUUAAAAGAGAGAGUGCCGCCCAAACUUCCUGGAGGACCUUGUCCACGUCAUCUGGCUCCCUUCAGAGGGCGCCUGCAGGAUCCAGGAACACUACAUCAACACUCUUGGCGGGGAUCUGGACAUGGAAGACUCCUGUUUCAAGAAAAUAUAAUCAUCUUUCAAAGGCUGUAACUUAUAUGCAUUUCUAACUCACUAGGUAUUGAAAACCACCCAAGUGUCCCACCAUAGGGGAGUAAAAUAGAAUCAAUCACUCA